GAGCCAGCUCGGGGUCAGCAACCUUACCGGUACUUCUGUCCUUUUGAUCACAAAAUUGUGUGUCACCCUUUGUAUGCGAGAGGCCUGGCGUGCUGAUUCCUGUACCAUAGGUGUAUUAAUUCUGAGCUCUUAGCUGCCGAGCUGCACACACAACUUUGACCCCGCAAUCCUUGUGGUUCAAAAAAUUUUCGCAGCCAGUUGUUGAGUAGUCCCUUUCGUGGAGCAUUAUCCAACGGUACGAGUACGGCCCACGCACCAGUAGCACCGUUCACCUCAAGCCUCGCCUCGCAUAUAUUUACUGGUACCGGUGCCAUCCCCCUCGUCCGCACUAUUAUCCUCCUCCGUAUUCCCCUCUCAUUUUCACCCGACCACUACGCCCCUUUUCCCCGAGCUAUAGUUCACCGCCAAACUUCGCCAUUAAGCGUCUAAUUUUCUUCCUCUUUGUGAAGGAGCUCGGGCAUCCUUCUCCACCUAGAGGAAAUCUGGCAAAUUUGUCCACCAUGACCGGAACUCAUUUCAAGAAGACCGUCCAAUUCAAGGCUAACUAUGCCCCCAGUGUUAUCACUAAAUAUGAAUCUCAAAACACCGGAAUGUCUGCGGUGGUGGUUGACAGAGAGGGUCCAAAGGUUCUUGGAUACUUUACCCUGGCUACGGAGAUCUUGGAUGAUUCAGGAGCUCCGCAUACCUUAGAACACCUAUGCUUCAUGGGCUCCAAGAGCUACCGUUACAAAGGGGUUUUGGAUAAGAUGGCAAGCAGGUACGGAUUCCCAAUGGUAGUGCCUUGUCCAAUCCUCUGCUUGGACAAGUCAUUAGCUGUGCCCUUGGAACCCUUCAUUGAUUUAUUUAUUAUAGGGCAUACUCUCAUACGAAUGCCUGGACCGCCACGGACCAUACGGCAUAUACUCUCGAGAGUGCUGGCUGGGAAGGUUUUGGUCAGAUUCUGCCGGUUUACCUCGAACAUGUCCUCCUCCCUAUCAUAACCGACAGUGCAUGCUAUACUGAGGUCCACCACAUCGAUGGUGAAGGGCAAGAUGCAGGGGUUGUCUACUCCGAGAUGCAAGGCGUAGAAAAUACAGCAAGCACACUGACCGGUCUUGAAGCCGUCAGGAAGUUAUAUCCAGAGGGAGUUGGCUUUAGAUACGAAACCGGGGGGAUGAUGGGUGCCCUGAGGGUUCUGACAAGCGACAGGAUCCGGGAGUUUCACAAAGAUAUGUAUCAGCCGAAAAAUCUGUGCGUUGUGAUAGUGGGGGAGAUAGUCCACGAAGAGUUGCUGAAAAUUCUGGAUGAGUUUGAGGAUUCUAUAAUGGGGGAUAUCCCAGACCCAAAUGCUCCCUGGCGAAGGUUCGAGCCCCCCGGUUUUACUGGCGUUAUCGGAUCAUGCUAAACGUUUCAUAGGCCUUGGAUCGAAUCGAAGCCAGUCCCACAAUUAACCAAUUCAUCCAUAUCCACGGUUGAAUUUCCAGAAAAGGAUGAGUCUAGGGGGGAAGUGGUCGUUGGUUUCUUGGGUCCUGACUGCACUGAUCCCAAAUCAGCGGCUGCCCUCGAAACUCUUGGCACAUUUCUCACUGGCUCAUCGGUCUCUGUUUUGGAGAGCCAAUUGGUGGAAUGUGAAGACCCUGUUGCCUCUAGCGCCAUGCUCUACGUGGAAGACAGACCAGAUUCUUUGAUCUGGCUGUCACUCUCCAGUGUCUCUACGAAACGUCUCGCGGAAGCCGAGCAAAGACUCUUCGAAGCGCUGAAGAAAACGGUCGACGAGCCUUUGGACUUUAAGUACAUGCAGGAGUGCUUGAGACGUACCAAACGGCAGAAAAAAUACGGCUUCGAGAACUCCGGAGAGUAUUUUGCUACUCCAGUUAUUACGGAUCAUCUUUUUGGAAAGCGAGAUGGCAGUACUUUGAAGAACAUUGAAACUCUCUCCUGGUACGAUGAACUUGAGAAAUGGAGUGAGAAGGAUUGGAGAGAAUUCAUAAGAAAAUGGAUUGCGGAAAAUAAGCAUGUCUCUGUUUUGGGCCGCCCAUCCGCAAAGCUGGCCAAGAGUAUCGAAGAGGGCGAGAAGGCAAGGAUAGCUGCAAGAAAGAAGGAGCUAGGUGAGGAAGGUCUUAAGAGGCUCCAGGAAAGGCUGGAGGAGGCAACUGCGGACAACGAGAGAGAAAUUCCAGAAGAGCUCCUAGGGAAAUUUCCCGUUCCCGGCAUAGAUUCGAUUCAUUUUAUCAAAACCGGUGUAAGCCCUUCCCUUCCCAAUGCAACAUUAGCCUGGGGCUAAUCCUUUCUGAAGACUGCAAGGGCUGGACUGGCGGCUAAAGAAUGGAAAACGUGAGUGAUAUCCUAUGAAUCCAUACCCGAAGUCACUAACCGGUUCUUACAUACAGGGAUACCGAAGCCCAAAAAAUCAUCGACAAAGACUCAGUAGGUAUCCCACUGUACUUGCACUACGAGAACGUUACCUCAAAUUUCGUCAAAAUUGUUUUCCUAAUCUCCACCGAGUCGAUCCCUGUGGAACGGCGCCCUUUGCUGGCGGUGUAUCUCGAAAAUUUCUUUGAUACCCCAGUGGUGAGGGACGGUGUGAGAAUCGAAUUUGAGCAGGUUGUGGCGGAGUUGGAAAGGGACACAGUGGAUUAUGAUAUCGGCUCGGCUUCUUAUAUGGAUGCUGCGGAAAACAUCAGAAUUAACUUCCGGAUAGAGCCAGAAAAAUACGAGGUGGCCAUAAAAUGGCUACGGGAGUUAAUGUGGGACAGUAUAUUCGAUAAAAAGGUACCGGAUAUUAUCCCCCUCGGAAGAAUAUCAGGAGAUCCGCUGACUUGAUUAUUAGCGCCUUGCUACCACACUUACAAAAAUGAAGAGCGACAUUCCCGAGGGAAAGCGGCAGGGAAACCAAGUGAGUCUCUAGCUUAUCCUAAUGUCUUUCCUACGCUCUAAUAUUUGUUGUAGAUGAGCUGGUCUGUAGCCCGCAUGGUUGCUUAUUCCCGCAGCUCCGUUUCCCGGGCUCAAGAUACUCUCACCAAAGCGUUGUACCUUAAGCGUAUCAGCAAGCUUCUUGAUGACAAGCCGGAACAAGUCAUAGAGCAAUUCGAGGAGUUGCGCCAAACGUUUGCCAAGAUCGACAAUUUUCGUAUACUUGUGGUCGGAGAGCUGACAAAACUAAAAAAUCCAGUUUCAGCCUGGAAAUUUUUUGCCUCUGAUCGGCCAUUUGUAGGUCUUGGGGGAAACUAAAUACCUUUUUUAAUUAGCAGGCAGGAUCAGUACUAACUUGAUGCAAUAUGACUAGAGCGGCAAGCUAUUACCUAUCGACCGCAGGGGACCACGGCUCACACCUGAGGGAACAAACCCAGGAAAGGUCACGCAUAUCGUCCCACUUGCAACUAUUGACUCCUCCUUCUCAAUCCAUUUCGCUAUUGGACCCGAUAGCCCAAACCAUCCUAAACUCCCAGCGCUCCUCCUGGCUAUAUCAUAUCUUGAUGCCGUCGAGGGCCCCCUAUGGAGGUAAGUCAUAAAUUUUCCUUCGACAUUGUCCCUUUGUACUAAUUCCCGAGGGCAAAGGGCUGUUCGGGGAACCGGAUUGGCUUACUCAACCCAUUUCGUGAAAGACCUGGAUGCCGGUCAUCUGUUUUACACCAUUUACCGUUCUCCUGAUGCUUAUAAAGCAUGGGAGGCGUCGAGGAAAGUGAUAAAUGAUCACAUAGAUGGGACUGUCGCAUUCAAUAAGCACGCUCUAGAGGGCGCACUCAGCGGAAUAGUUGUCUCGUUUGCCGAUGGAGAAUCCACUCUAUCUGCUGCCGCCACUUUAUCUUUCAUCAACCAGGUCGUCCACAACCAGUCAAAGGACUAUAACAUGCAAUUAUUGAGGAGGGUGAAAGAGGUGUCAGUAGAUGAUCUGAGGAACAUUCUCAAAGAAUUUUUGCUGCCAAUAUUCCAAUACGAUACCAGUAACAAUAUUAUUGUUACCGCACCGGUGAAAACUGACGUGAGUUUUUACCCUUAUCUCCGAAGUGGUCUGGUUUUGACGUGGGCGGCCGCUAACCGUUUCUCCCAAUGAUAAAGUCCAUCAAAGCGGCAUAUGAAAAGGAAAAUUUCACCGUCGCAGUCAAUCCCUUGUCAUUCUUCCAAGAUGAUUAUGGAUUGAAGUAUGGGUUGAAAGACGGACAAGAGGAGGAGGACGACAAAGACGAUGAUAGCGACGAUAAUGAUGAGGAGGAUGAGGGAGAUGAUGAUGGCGAAGAUAGCGAAGAUAGCGAAGAUGAGUAAGGCCGAGCUCGCAAAAUGUUAGAGGGAUAGAGAUACUAGAGAUUUGCUAGAUCCCUGGGUAGAAUCACGGCUGGAUGUAUUUGGAUCUACUAGAGACCAGGCCGAAGGCGCUCAAUUGGGCAUUACUGAGACUUUUCAUACUGCUGCUCUCGCUCCUGAUGUGACUCUAUGCAUGCAUCCCCCUCUCC